AAACGAAUACUAAAAAUGGAUAACUCCGAUAAUAUGUAUCAACAAAUUUGUAGUGCUCGCACAGUACAAUCGGAUAAAAAGGGUUUCUUUAAUGAAUUCUAUUUGGAGGUGAAACAAUCGUGUGGCGAAAAAUGGCUGAAAAACUGUUUUGGUACUUUGAAAUCGAAUGAGGCACGUAUUUUGUCGAUAUUCAGUGACCGUGAAAUAUGUGAUCCCGUAUUGGGUGUUUUGGAAAAUGUGGUGCCCGUGUUUAAGAUGAAAGAUGCUGUGUUCUCCUCACAACGCCGCUUACAGGCUGACAAAUAUCAUUUAAUGUGGACAUCAUCACAGAAAAAGGAGGAACUACAACAUGCCUUGGCAUUGGCCAAUUUAGCUGUUAUGCGUGCACCCGCUAAAGGAGUUGAUAUGCAAAUUGAUGAAGGUCUAACCUUGGCUUUAGCCUUAAGAUGUCGUGCUGUAAUUCUGAUUGCCUUGGGAGAAGGUGAAGCUGCCAUAAAUGACCUAAAGUUGGCGGCAACAAAUGGUUUGGAUAUCAAAAACAGUGUGGAUUACUAUUUGAAAAUGGCCAAGGCCUAUGCAACAAUGGGCGAAAUGAAACGUGCUGAAAUUUCUUUGAAACUAGCAGAAACCAUUUCGGGUGGUGGCAAUGCCUUAAUCGAUGCUUGUCGCCAAGAAUUACCAAACAUUAAGGUAGUGAAAAAGAAAUCUCCAGUAGCGGCACCUGCUCUCAGUCAUGGUGAGCAUGCUGAUUUAAAGGGCGCUUCAAGUCUGGUGAAAUUGGCUGAAACCAAAGAUAAGGGUCGUUUUAUUGUGGCCAAUAAUGAAGUAAAAACAGGCGAUGUGGUAUUAAGUGAAGAUCCAGUGGCGGCCUGUUUACUGCCUGCAUUCUAUGGCAGUCAUUGUCAUCAUUGUUUUUCAAAGCUGUCCAUACCAAUACCAUGUCAAAAUUGUUCGGGCAUGGCAUUUUGUUCAACACAAUGCAUGAACGAAGCUUGCAGCACUUAUCAUCGUUAUGAAUGUCAAUUUAUGGAUCUGUAUAUUGGUUCCGGUAUGUCUAUCUUAUGUUACAUUGCCCUGCGAGUAUUUACCCAGGCCAAAGAUAUAGAAAGUGCCUUAAAAGUCUCCGCACAGCUUUAUCAAAAUCUCUGCACCCACGAAGACUCACGGCAAGCAGAUGACUUGCUACAGCGCUCCCUAAUGGCCGCUUUCCUUUUGCGAACCCUGCAGAAGGCCAACUAUUUUGGACGCCGCAAAACGGAAGGUGUCAAUCCCACUGCUGUGGAAUUACAAGUUGCCACAGCUCUAUUAGGUCUUUUGGAAGUUCUACAGUAUAAUGCUCAUGAAAUUUAUCAAACCGUAACAACUGAUAAUCAUCUAUUCGAGGGUUCAAAAAUUGUCUAUAUUGGUGCUGGAUUGUAUGGUACGGCGGCAUAUUUCAAUCAUGAAUGUUGGCCAACUGUGGCACGUUAUUUUGUGGGAAAGAAACUCGUAUUGGCCGCCACUAAAUUGCAUCGGCCGAAUGAAGUUAUUGCUGAAAAUUAUGGACCGGUGUUUAUAAAGGCUAAUUUGAAGGAGAGACAGCGGGCGUUGAGGGCACGCUAUUUGUUCGAUUGUAAUUGUAUGGCUUGUCAGGAGAAUUGGCCGACCAUUCAGAAAUUGGAUAAGCAAGUGAGAUUUUGGUGUCCUACUGCCAAUUGCAACAAUGUCCUACAAUUCCCCAAGGAUUUAAGCAAAGAUGUCCGUUGUGUACGUUGCCGCAAAAAUGUCUCUCUCAAAGAGAGUGUGGCAAAAAUGAUUCGAAUUGAAGAGUUAUAUCGUGAAGCUGCCCAAAAUAUGCAGGAUCAAAAGGUUGAGGAGGCCAUAACAAUGUUUAAGGAAGGCAUUGAUCAGUUCUUUGAAAUUGCUGUAUUACCGCAUAAGGAUACGUUAAUAGCUCAGAAUUCUUUGACCAAAUGUAUGGCCACCAUGGCAAGACAAAUAUAA